CCCACAGGCUUCGUUGGCAAAGUCCUACUUCUUCAAGAGCAAAUCAAAAUAUCUCUCCGCCAUUUGAAGACUACAUUUGGAGUGUUCAGGCCAGUCAUUCUUUAACAUCACCACCACCACCACAUUUACGAGUCACGAAUCAUCAUCGUGUCGUAGUCGUCAACCCCGUCGCAAACAACAUCUCACCGAUACUUUCAUACACACACCUUACGUUGUAAACAUACCGACACGCGCGCAAAAGGGAACUAUCAAAAGACGAGCUUUGACAGCAUCAAUUGCAACGAGCAAGGAAAAAAAGGCAGAAAGACGGAAUUGAUCUUCAGGAACCAAAAUCCGACAAAAUGCAGUUCACCACCUCCAUCCUCGCGGUCCUCGCCGCCCUCCCACUCAUGGUCUCGGCCGACCUGUCCACCACCACCAUGACCAGCACCGCCACCCUUACCAAGACGGUCACCUUGACGCACCCCCAGGUGACCACCAUCACCUCGAUCCGCGGCAACAGCACCGUCGUCAUUGCCACUACCAACACGCACUUCUCGGUGCCCACGCUGUCGCCCGUCAUCGCCAUCACCACCAGUUCUGAUGCCCCAGUCGCCACCGCGAGCGUGGCGCCUACCCAAUCGACCAACGGCGCUGUCGGUGGCAUGGGUGGUCUAUCGCACGCUGCUGUUGCCAUGGUGGCCGGUGCGGUUGCUGCCGUGAUGCUUUAA